AGAUUUAUUUCCAUUUAACAACCAUUUCUGGCCAAACAAGAGUUUAGGCCUGUUCGUGUCAUUAAACAUUUCUAAGACUAAAAUCUCCGUUUGAAAUAUAUUUUUAUCAUUGUUUUGUCUUCUCAGAAACCAACGAUUUAACAAUGAAGUUUGGAGUACUAGCCUUGAUUUUGGCGGUAGCAUUCGCCGUACCUGUUUCAAAAGAUAAAUUAAUAAUAACCAGUGAGACAUACCCUGAAGAAUACAUUGUAUAUUCUGGAGAAUAUGACAUUGUCAAAUUAGUCGUACCUUUAAAUAAUUUGAAUUACGGAGACAACGCUGAUAGUAAAUAUCUAUUUUUCUUCGUGGAAGCUGAUAGAGAUGAGACAGGAAAAUGGAUAGAUAAAGGAUUAUAUGUGUUCAAAGAUGGAAAUGCUAAGAAAUUAUUGGAUAAUGGUAGAGAUGUUGCUGCAGCAGCUGAUGAAAGUAACAUAGCUUUUAUUGGAGCUAAAGAUGGUAUUUAUUUAUACAAUGAUAAUAGUGUUUCAGUUGAGAAAUAUGGUUCAAUAUCUGAUAACAUAGUAGGCAUUGAAAAACCUACAGAAAACGAUAUAAUUUACAUAUUAACUGAUAACAAAGAAGUUUAUGUUGUAAGUGAAAAUGGAAAUAAAAAAGAGAAAAUCAACGAAAUAAUAAAUGCUGAACAAAUAAUUUUAGAUUACGAUAAUAAUCUGUAUUAUUUAGAUUCUGAUAAACAAAUAUUUAUUUACAAUUAUGUUGGUAUUAAAAAGAUACAUGGAUUACCGGAAUUUGCAUCGAAUGCACAAUUGUUGAAACCACCAGUAACAUCUGAUGGUAGUGUACCAAUUGUUGUUGAUGAAAAAUUAUAUUUAAUAAACGAUAACGGUAAAGCUGAAGUAUUCAACAAUAUAGAAUUUGGUCCUGAUGGUAAACCAAGUGCAUACGCUAUGGAAGCAGGAUUGAUGCAUUAUUAUGCAAAAGAUAAAAAGAUAUAUGAAUUCGAUGUUCUUGAUAUAUCUAUUCAUGGUAUUAAAGGACUGUUAGGCAGAGUUGUUAAUAAAUAUCUAGAUCUUGGUGACGAGCUUGUGGCAUUAUUAGGAUUUAUUAGUUUAGUUUAAUCCAUUACUUAUGUUUUAAUAAAAAUGCAAUUUAAUUUUUUA